GGCGAGGCCAUCGAACAAUUAUCAAGCAAACCAACAGGUUAUUCUCUCCUCUAGGAUUCCUCUUCUCCUUUUAUUGUUCAUCUUCUUCCUCUAGAACCCUAGCUUCCACUGUUGAUCCUCUACUUCUCUACCUCUUUCUACCAAUUCAGAUAUCAGGUUGCUAACAAUUGGUACCAGAGUCGUCGAUUCUCGGUUCCUAUCACCAUGAAUCCCCCUACCGAGAUCUCUCCUUCUACCCAACUCAUUCUCGACGAAAUCCGCAAGCUCUUCGACAAGUUCGACGUGAGGUGGGCUAAGCAGGACGUCGUGUGGGAGGCCUCUCGGGGCGUCCCCAUUCUGACCCACUCUGCUUCCGUCGAAGCGGAUGUAGUCGCUGACAAUUGGGGCGGCCUCUUCGACGGAGGCGACGACUCUGAUGAGCGGCACUGCGAGGUGUCCAUUGUCCCCGACAAUUGGGGUGGGUUGUUCGAGCAGCUGGCCCACACCCUGGAGGAGCGCGACCUCGAGUCCACCGACUCUGACGCCAUUCCCUUCACGCCUGCGCCCAACUCCACCAUCAACCCACCGCAGUAGCUCGACUUCUUCACCAAGGGGCUCACACCGAGCGACACCCAUCUCAGCAUCGGCUUCUCUGUCCCCAAGCUCGACUAUGAGGCCGACCUGCCCGUGCCGAACUACGUGCUUGUCGACACCCUCCUCCUCUCGGACAGCGAAGACGAGAUCCCCUCCAUCGACCUCUCCACGCCGCUACACCCCACCAACGGGAACGAGUCUGGCCGGGUGAUGCCCCACGGCACGGGCGUCGAGCUCGACCUUUGCGACCCGUCGACACGCUGCCCCUCGCCACGCACCCCAGCCGUGAGUUACUUCCCGGAACAGUUGAUGGAGAAGCUGCUGUACCUAGCGGAUUCGCUGAUGGAUAAGCUGCCAGACCGCGUCACCACACUCGACCUCCUCGCAGGGCGCCUUCCACGGUCCAUCAACCAGAUCCGCCAUGAGAAUGGCCUCACCUCCUCCUUCCCCGACCGCAUCCACAACCCCUGCGCCGAGGCCGACGGCGCCAAUGACCUCAUGUUGGUCGACCCUGGUCACCAUGGCCUUGCUGCUGCCAUUGAUGUGCUGAGUUCAGAACAGAAGCUGCACAUGCCAAUUCUCCUGAAGCACGCUCGACUGGUGUUUGAAGAAAUGCCAAGCAAGUACAUCGCCAUCGUUCACUGUGUGAGUACUCUGCUAUACAUCGGCACUAUCAACAUUUGUGAGGAACAUAAGAUAUUGGUGGAAAUGGUUGGUCCCAAUCUAGUGGCGCUAGAACUACUACUUGUAGUCAACCAACAUCAACCAUGGCCACCACCUGACGAACUGAGAUUGAUGAGCUGUGAUGCUGAGUUACGGCCUACACAAUGGUCGAUGUUCAUUAUGGCUGAGUGGUUCUUUGUCAGGAGUUACUGUGGUCGACUUUGGAAGCCCCCAUGGCCUAUACAAAUUUGCCAACAAAUCAGGUUCAUGCUCACUGACCUUGUAGUGUCCUGGAAAAAUAUGAUGAUAUCAAUGCUUGGUGCUAUGGUGAUGUGUGUUGCUGUUGACCUUCGACCAAUACCAUGGCCAUCCUUCAGCAUAUUUCAUGAAUUUACUGUACAAUGGUGUUGUGUGUUUGACCGUGGCAAGUGCCUUCGACUUGGUGGUUUGCAUCUCUUGCUAUCAGUGAGUAUGGUUGGUUGUGCACUGAUUCAUGAGCUAGUACAGCAGAAGUGUGGUGGCAAUUGUCGAUGUUUCAUGCUUGAAGUGGUAGGACAGCAAUUUCGAGUUGCAAGAGGACAGAUGAGGGAUCACUGGCAGGCUAAAUAAGAUUUGUUGCCACAAUUUUCGUCUUCUAGUCCUAGUUGUACAGGAUUGUUGAAAAGCUUGUUGUGCUAUUUUAAGUUGCUCAACUUAGAUCUUGGAGGGGCAUGGAAUCAAUCAGUAUCUCCCAGGUUUGUCACUGGAAUGCAAUCACUAAUGCUACUUGACAGUGGAAAUUUUGAGAUAGAAGUACAAAUGCAUGUACUGCUGCAAGUCUCUUGGCCAUCACUUAUUUCGGCAUGUUGUUCCACUAUUUUCUGGUUUCAUCAGUUACACUAUUUACAGCAAAACACUAGUGUCGGAUUAUGAGCCGGUAUUCUUGAUCCUCUUGGGUUGUUUGUGGCUAGCUUGUUGUGUCAGUCAACCUCUAUCCUACAAUCAAGCGCACAAGCAGGGAAUGCGGUCUCCAGUCAUGCCAAGUUUCCAGGGGAUUCCAGUGGUUCCAUACUUCUCUAUCGGCUUGGGUGCAGCUAUACCUUUGAUGUGUUUAGCAUUUGAAGGUUCCUUGGUCACCGUGCAUUUGGGGAUGCAUGUCAGCUCUCAUGCUGACAAGUUCAGUAUUGUUGGGAGCAUUACUUAUUCAACAGUCAGUGUCUUUGGUCUUUUGCUGGGAAUUGAUGCUGCAGUACAAUGCUGAUUGCUUGAGCUCGACAUAUUCCGAACCAGAGUUUCUACAGUUUUUUUUGGGAUCCCAGCGGCUCCAUACUUCUCCAUCGGCUUGGGGGCAAGCCGAAUUUUAAGGACGGGAUAAUGUCAGGAGUCACCCAGGCAAUAGGCUGGCAUCAGGCCAUGGGCCGAGUGGCCUGCUAGGCCAUGUCAAUUGAGGAACAACACUACAAAUGGGACACUACACCUGAGGCGAGGCUAUCGAACAAUUAUCAAGCAAACCAACAGAUACCAGGUUGCUAACAAGGAGGUGCGCCGCCGCUGCUUGGGGCCGGGGAGGAGGUGCGCCGCCGCUGCUUGGGGCCAGGGAGGAGGCGCGCCGCCACUUCUUCACAGGGCCGGGGAGGGUGUGGCGCGGUGGCUUGGCAGCCAGGAAAUGAGGCGUGCGGCAGCUACGGUUCCUAGGCCUGGUUUAGUUCGCAAAAUUUUUUGGAUUUCGACACGGUAGCAUUUUUGUUUUUUUUUUGACAAACAUUAUUCAAUCAUAGAGUAACUAGGCUUCAAAAAUUUGUCUCGCG